AUGGGCCGCACGAAGGCCACCCUUUUGGAGCAGGUGGAGAACCUGAAUGUGCGGGCAACGGAAACGAAACGCUUGGCGCAGAAGCGUGAGAUCAUGCUGGCGAUGAAGAACCGCCCCUCCUGCAUCGAUGGCCUGUACGAGAAGUACACGUCCAUGGGUUUGAACGCCGACGUCAUCAAGACCCCGGAGACGCAACAGAAGUCUCUUUCUCAGAAGGCCGUCGAGAAACGCAAGGCAGACCACGAUUUGCAGAGGUCCCAGAGCUUCGAGACGCUGAAGGCGAAUGCCCUUGCUGAUGCGGCGGGGUCCGGGGAUGAGGACAUGGAGUUUGACCCAUUCGGCGAGAACUUCGAGGAUCUUGCUUCGCUUCACGUCAAUGAGCUGCGAGACCGCGUCCUUCCCGGCAUCGAGCCCACCCACCUCAGUAAAGCAAACAUUCGCAGCAUGAAGGACCCUGAAGCCCGAAGCAAAUCUGGCCUCCUCAAGAUGAUCACAUUCGCGACUGGUUUGAACACGGACUUCAGGUUGGUCGGUCGUUUCGCAUGCCGGAACCGUUUCGUGGCGUACGCACGCAAGCGGUCUCUGGAGAGGCGCCGCCGCGUGUUAUCGCUGAGCUUGCCGCCGUCUUACUCGGACGAGGGUCUCGCAGCCGUCGCAGGGGCCUCGGAGGACGGCGUCACCGUGAAAAACCGGUACACAAGCGAGAUGGUGACAGUGCCUAAAGCAAAUUGCCCCCCGUACGAUGAUGUGUCAGACUUGUACAUUGAUUCAAAUUGGUCCGAGAGCCAGCUGGCGCUCGCGUCCACCAAGAACCCAACAGGCGACCAGAAACACAACCUCUCCAAUUAUUUCAAGGGUUGGGCCGUCAAGGUGGAAGCCAAGGCCGAGCCUGCGGCCUCGCCGUCGGGCGGCGCGGCAUCCAGGAAGAGGGGGCCUGGGGCGACGCCCCAAUCUGGGAAGAAGGUCAAGCCAUCGACAGACAAUGCAGGUGGGACGGCGUCCGCCCAAACCAAGGUUGCGGCGGUUCAGCCGAAGCUCGAGGGCGGCGGUGUCGCCAUGGAUGAUGCCGCCGAGGAGGGUUCGGGGAGCGAGGAGGCCAGCGUGGAGGGUGGCAUGGCUGCGCCUGUUGAGCCAGGUCCUGGCGACUACGACGAGUCCGCGUUGGAGCCACCCAGGGCCACCGAUUCAGGGAGCGGCCCCGUCCCGGCGGCGGCAUGA